CUUUGCUGUCAUCUGAAAUAAGUGUUUGGGUUUGAGUUCAUACAAAGAGCAACCAUGUCAAAGAUUUUGGAAUUAGUGGGCAUUUUCCUUGGAUUCAUUGGAUUCAUCGGUGCACUAGUAACAUGCGUCUUGCCUCAGUGGAAGAUGACGGCUUUCAUAGAAGAGAAAACUAUCUCUCCUCAGGCCAACUGGGAUGGCUUAUGGAUGAGCUGUAUGGUGGAGAGCACAGGCACGAUGGAGUGCGACGUCUAUAAUUCUAUCCUGAAAAUACCUUCUGAUCUGCAGGCCUCCAGAGCAAUGACAGUCAUGGGCAUUAUAGCGGCACUGCUAGGCAUUCUGAUCUCUAUUGUUGAAGCCAAAUGUAUUGAAGAGGAAGCAGCCAAAGCCAAAGUGAUGAUCGUUUCUGGGAUCUUGUUCAUCCUCGCCGGCCUUCUGGUCUUGAUCCCCGUCUCCUGGAGUGCCAACACCGUUAUGCAGGAUUUUUACAACCCAAUGCUGAAGGAUUCUGAGAAGAAAGAGAUUGGAACUUCUCUCUACAUUGGCUGGGCAUCAGCUGGACUUCUUCUGCUUGGAGGGACUUUGCUGUGCAACAGGUGUCCACCAAAAGAGGAGAAAUACAAACCACGGAGAACGGCCUACUCAGCACCAAACAAAGUCAGCACAAGUGGAGGACAUGACAAGAAGGACUAUGUUUAAUUUGUAUCAAUGGGUGUUUCUUACAGUUUGAAAACUCUCUUUUAAAGACUCUAAGAUGAAGAUAUUUGCUAAAUCGUUUUAACAUUUUGCUUUGUUGCAGGUGAAAAAUGUAUCCUCAAUUUGACAGUGUUUUUGUUUGCCUAUGUUUGUGUGAGAUGAUGUGUUCAUUCUACCUACAUAAUGCUUUUAAAAUGAUCUGCGUCUUGCAUUAACUACCUGGUGUCAUGUGUCAGUGAACUGGCUGUUCAAACAUUGAACUGCCAGUAUUGCGGAAAUGCCAGGUCUCUCUUUGCAUAGAUUUGGUUUCAGGAUUGUCAUGUGUUUUGCAUUUAAUAUAUGAGAAUUCUGUUCAGACUAAAGCUGCAUGUGGAGUCACGUAGAGCAGACUUUACAAAACAAAAUUUAAUUUACAGAUGUGCAUGUUUAUAUAUUUGGUCCAACUUUUUUAAGCUUGUCUUAAUCUUUCACUGCUAAUCAUGUUGUUUUCUUGACAGACAUGAAAGUAUGCAUUAUUUUCAGGCUUUUUAUAUGUCAAUUAACAUGUCAAUGUUUUAAAGUUUUGCUUCUGUUUAAUCCAAAAUUGCUUUGUUAUUAUUGUAAUAUGAAACACAAAAUAUCAUCAAACAAUGUGAUUAAAUAUACAUUUCUGCCCUCA